AUGGUGCCCAAGCCCCCACUGGGACACUUCAACGUCCUGUACUUCGCAAGUGCCGAAACCUUCACAGCCAAAAACCUUGAAGCUUUCCCAGCGCCGUUGCCCGUCAGUAAACUCUUUGAUACCUUGGAAGAGAAAUAUAAGGGCAUCAAGGCAAAAGUUCUUGAAUCCUCCCUUGUGACUGUCAAUCUUGAAUAUGUCGACUUUCCCACAAAUUCCGAAGAUCCCAACCAGGUCGUGAUCAAAGAAGGCGAUGAAGUUGCAAUUAUUCCUCCAGACAGCAGCGGUGCCGCUUCAUUGCGUGCAUCAUUUUCAACGUCGCAUCUGGCACCAUUCUUCGCACCCUUCGUAGCGCCCACAAUUUUGUUCAAUAUCUCCUGUGCCAUGUCCCUAUACCUCUGGAGCCCACCUGUCCUCGUGAACCGAACAAUCUUGUUCACCACCAAAACCAAUAUGAACAGGAGCGAAAGGAACGCCACAGUCCCUACAAUGCUCACGAUCGACGUGAGCGUUGUAAUAGUCGACACGUGA